GGCUGGCAACACAGCAGGGGACGGGGGAGGCUGGCUGCGCCAGAGGGUCCUGGCGGGCACCACAGGCAGAGCUGCUCCAUUGCACUGGAGAAAGGUGGGCUGCUCCACAGAAAGCUGAGCCCAGCCUCCGCACCAUGGACCCCAGAGGCCUUGUGUCACCCACUUUCUCAGAUCCUCCCUGUUCUAUGAGUGACAGCACCAACUGUGGAGAUGAUGAGCUGGAUGAAGAGACAGUGAACUUCAUCUCCGCCCUCUAUACCGCUCUGGGGCCCCUUUUGCCUGAGGUGACCAAACUCCAGGGCCACCAGGACCCACCUGCCCAUCUGAUGGUUGACAUGAAGGCAAAGCUGCGGGAGCUGGGCUCCAGCGUCUCCGAUGCCCGGAAGAGGCUGCUGAGGUACAACAUUUACCUGAAGAAGAGGCUGGCCAAAGCAGUGCAGGAGAAGCGGGCCUUGAAGGAGCAGCAGCAGUUCAGGCAGCAGCCAGGCCAAGACAGCAGCGAGCAGUCCAGCACGGCCUUUGCUCAGCGGGGGAUCCGGACCGAGAUGGAGCCAGGGAAACCCAGUGUGGCAGCCGAGAGGAAGAUCCAGGAGAUCCCGGAGUUGGUGAGGACCAAAAACCUGGAGAGAGUUCAUCGAAGGAGUAUGAAGCUGCAAGAUCCUCAUUUUGCUGUAGGGGGAGAAGAAGGCAUUAUGGGACCACGGGAGUCAGUCGAGGACCGUGCCCGGGCAUACACGAGCCCACAAGGGAUAUUGCAGAGAGCUUCCCGCCCUCCUUUUGAUAGAGCCCAGCAGUGACCACCGAAGGAGACAGGUGCAUCCCGCUGUGGCACACCUUCUUCCCACAUUGUCUUUAGGACCCCGAGGACUGCAGCAAGGCUGAGCGAGGCCGGCCUGGGUCGCUCUCUCAUCCAGUUGCACCAAUAAAGCAAGCAGGCCCUCA